UCACUGAUUAAUUGAUUGAUUGCAGAAUGAUUGAGAGCGUAUCAAGGCGAGCAUUAGGCGGCUCCAGUGGAACCUACAAUGUCCGCGCCUCAGAGCUGGCUCGAGAUAGGCUUAAAACCCUCACGGCUACCGUAUUCUUCCUGGAUGACACACAGCAUACGUUUCAGCUUGAGAAACGAGCCAAAGGACAGGUGCUUUUGGAAAAUGUCUUCCAGCAUCUAGAACUCAUUGAAAAGGACUACUUUGGCUUGCAGUUCUCCGAGAAUGGAGUACUACCAAGUCCGCCCAACUCUGAUGUUAUGAGAUGGCUGGACCCCACCAAACCGGUCAAGAAACAGAUGCGGGGUCAGGGUAAUUUUUAUUUUAGGGUGAAAUUUUACGUUUCCGAUCCCAGUAAACUGCAAGAAGAAUACACGAGAUAUCACUUCUAUCUACAAGUACGCAAAGAUAUAAUGGUGGGACGUCUUGUUGUACCUCCUAGCACCGCUUGUCUACUGGCUAGCUAUAUUAUACAAUCCGAGCUCGGUGACUAUCAAAUAGACGAGCAUGGACCAAAGUACAUAUCAGGUAUGGAGCUGAUGCCACAUCAGACUGAGGAAAUGGAGAAGAAAAUUGCUGAAUUGCAUAAAUUACACAAGGGCCAGACGCCCGCCGAUGCUGAGUUCAACUUCUUAGACCACGCUAAGAGGCUGGAGAUGUAUGGGGUAGAUCUUCAUAAAGCUAAGGAUUCUGCCAACAAGGAACUCCACUUGGGUGUUACUUCUAUUGGACUAGUCGUAUUCCAGAACGGAAUUAAAAUCAACACAUUCUCCUGGGGAAAAAUUGUCAAGAUCUCAUUUAAACGUAAACAAUUUUUCAUCCAGCUGAGAAGAGAAUUGUCAGAGGACUAUGACACACUACUGGGUUUCAACGUGCUGACGUAUCGGUCAUGCAAGAACCUGUGGAAGUCAUGCGUGGAGCACCACACAUUCUUCCGUCUGCACUCGCCGCAGACGGCGCGAGGUGGCAGACGGUUUCUGUCGCUUGGCUCCAAGUUCAGCUAUUCGGGGCGCACGCAGCUGCAGACGGCUGAGGAUGCACGCAGUAGCACGCAGCGGCUGCUGGAUAGGACGUUCUUGAGGUCACCAAGCAAACGAGCCGUCCGUCAAACAGUUCCCGUGCCAAUGGAGAAAGUGAAGCAGCAACAGCAGCAGCAGCCGGGUGUGUUGGUGAGGACACCGCGCGCGCACCAUCACGGCGACAACAAAGUGCAAUCAUCGGCCAACAGGCAGCCACGCCGUGCUUGGGUCGACACUCCCACGCAUGCGUCUGAUGACGAAGGUGGUUUUCUGGACCACCGUGGUACCCUGGAGGAGCCUCAUGCGGCCUUCACACCAGCUUUAACCUCGGGCACAAGUCACACCCUGGCUUAUGCCGACGAGGAACCAGAUUUGGCAGUUACCUACGACCAUCAAUCUAGUGAUGAAGGAUUGGUUUCGAUAGUGAUGACACCCGAUGAACACGGCAGAUUUGGGUUCAACGUGAAAGGCGGGGCUGAUCUAGAUAUGCCGAUACUUGUAUCCAGGGUGGCUCCCAACACACCGGCUGAUACCUGUUAUCCGAAAUUGAAUGAAGGGGACCAGGUUCUUUUAAUAAACGGUAUCAAUAUAAGUGGACUUCUUCAUGACCAAGUUGUCAACCUAAUCAGAGCUUCGAGAGAUUCUAAUUCUGGUCAACUGAUUCUGACCGUUAAACCAAAUGCUGAUUACGAAGCCGAAGCCGACAGACUUGUGCUAGAGGAGGAACCCGCCUAUCAGUUUGUACCCGACACCCCGCAACUGAGGCCCGGAACGGACGCGUUGGCUCAAUCGAUGCUAUUGCUGGCAGACGGGUUGGCUUCGGGGAAGUUGGUGGCUCAGUUCGAGAAAUUGUAUCGAAAGAAACCCGGAUUGACUACCAACAUCGCUAAGCUACCUGAAAACCAGGCGAAGAAUCGGUACAGGGAUAUAUCGCCUUAUGACAUCACCAGAGUGGUGUUGAUGGGAAGGGAGGAUGGAGACUACAUUAAUGCCAAUUAUGUUAAUAUGGAAAUACCUGGCUCGGGAAUCGUCAACAGUUAUAUUGCUACUCAAGGCCCCCUAAGCAACACGGUGGUGGACUUCUGGGACAUGGUGCUUGAAGUGGAAAGCACCCUGAUCGUAAUGGUGACCACCCUGAUCGAGAGGGGGCGUGGCAAAUGUCACCGUUACUGGCCUCCCCUUAUGGAGAGCAUGCAGAUUGGGGGUGGGGGUGAAAAUGGCGGCCAGGGGGAGUCGAGGAUUAGCAUCACCUGUACGAGAGAGGAGGCUGAUCCAACGGGUACCUACAUCACUAGGGAGUUGGUGGUGCGCGACCUGUUUGAGGGCGAAGAACGCGACAUCACCCACAUGCAGUACCUCUCCUGGCCGGACCACGGGGUGCCCGACAACGCGGCUGCCUUCCUGGCAUUCGUGGCGGCCGUCAGAGCGAGCCGUGUCGGCAUGCAGGAGCCGGCCAUCGUGCACUGCUCGGCGGGCAUCGGCCGCACCGGGGUGCUAAUAUUGGCCGAGACGGCCAUGUGUCUAGUGGAGGCCAAUCAGCCAGUGUAUCCGCUCGACAUUGUCAGGCAGAUGAGGGACCAGCGGGCUAUGAUGGUGCAGACGCCGUGUCAAUACCGUUUUGUAUGCAGCUGUAUCCACCACGCUUACACCGAGGGACUUGUGAUGCCUCUGCCACAGUUCUCGAACUCUUCAACCAUCGCGUGAAACGAGGAGCCUUACUCAGAUGAAGGUCGCUAGUAUAGAGCUGAAGAACUUGGAAAUUGAUUUCUAAGUUUAAGUACGACUUGAACUCCAGGCCGACCAGUUCUACUUCAGCUGUAGAUAAGUCGACUGAAGUUUGAGCAAGAUUGCAGAUAAGUUGGUUAUCUAUACACUGGUACCUUUAACUGAGGAUAAAUUAUCAAGAUUAAAAAAAAUAUUUUGGUAAUAUAAUACAGAUUGUAGUCCAUUAGAUUAUAGAUAGUAGAUAGUGUCGAGAUUAUGUGAUAAUCAUAUGUAUAUUUUCAAUAUUGUAUAAUUUCAUAAAUUUUAUACAGAGUUCUUCAUGAAAAAUUCACAAGCGAACCUUAAUAUUCAGCGAAAAAUGAACAAAUUCGACAACGUCAUCUUGAAUUAGAUUUUUGAUUAUUAAUAGACGAACGUCCAAAAUUCACAAGCUUGAUAUUUAGCUAAAAAAAGCUGAACAAAUUCGACUACGUCAACUUGAGUUAGAUAUUUGAUUACUAUUAAAUGAAAGUCCAAAGUUAGAUACUUGAUUAUUGAUAAACUAAAGUCCUAAGUUGAAUAUUUCAAGUUGAAAAUGUUUAACUUUCAACAUGAAAAUGUUCAACUUUCAACAUGAAAAUGUUCAAAUUUCAACAUGAAAAUGUUCAACUUUCAACGUGAAAAUGUUGAAGUUGAAUAUGGCCCAUAUUAUUGAUGAACGAAAGUUCAAAGUUGAAUAUUUGAAAUUGAAAAUG